GAGCCAUAAUUGCUGGAUUUUCCUGCCAGUGCAGGGGCAUCUGUGAGCAAACUGCUUCCUGGCAGGAUUCUGGGAACAGCACCAAAACCCACGACAGGCAGCGAGCAGGUUUUGUGCCCUGAGCCAGAAGCAGGCUGAGAAGAUGCAGUCCUCAAAGCAUCCACCCGAGCUGGAGAAGGGGAUCCGUGUGAGAAGGAUAUUUCCAGCGUGAGGUUCAGAGCUUGAAGGUCCUUCUGGCAGCACGCUUGGUGGGUCUGCGGGUCAGCUGCUAGUUUUGGUGAAGGAGGAGGGAGAUUGCUGCCUUUCACCACCGCCACCCUGAGCCAGCUCAUCCUUCUAGCUAUUUCUGUCUGUGCUUAUCUAUAGCAUCAUCCCCCUUGUGCCUGUGUACCUGCCAAGCAUUCAAAACAGGCACUGCUGUGGCAGCUUCCUUCUUUCUCUCCAGCCUGGAGGAUUAAUAACUGGAUUGCCUUUUUUUUUUUUUUUUUUUUUUUUUUAAUUGUUUCCCUGCAUCAAAAAUUUAUGGUGGGAAAGCUAAGUUGAAGAAAUGCUUUCAGGAGUGGAUGGUAAAGUCGGCAGGUUCCUGCUCAUUCUUAGCCUCUAGGGAGGUCCUGCACCUUGGCUCUUGCUGGGCUUGCUGGCUGCCCUGUGCAUCAGUGCUCUCUUUGAAAGCGAUGAUUUCUUGAAGUGAAAUGUGGCCUCAAGUAAUAACAGCUGAAGUCUGGAUGCGACAGAGAAGACCUAUAUCUGACUUGCUUGCAAGGGAACCCAGAACUGAAAGCUGAGUGCUUGGAUAUGUAUUCAUCUCACCUAACUUUAAACCAUCCAAAAGUCGCAUGCAUCUCCUUCAAGCCCAUCAUCUAGACUUCGUGAAAGUUGAGGGAAAGCAUGAUGCAUUGCCCUCUCUUAGAGACCCAUCUUAGGACUGGUAGAAUGCCCUGUGGAGGUGGCUUCUGCUCUCUGCUCCCUGUACAGAGAGAGGUUGGCUGGAUUAACUGGCUCUCACUCAGAGGGGACUUGGCAGAUGUACUUUGCUUUCUUUGAACCUCUCUACUGCAUGUCAUAAAGAUUUCCUAAGUCCAGAGGCUGCGUGAAAGACAACUGAACAGCACAAAGAUGUGACUCUGAUAAGAGACUUAAAGCUUUCUGACCAGGAAUUUUCUGCUGAUUGGUUUAUAAUUUAAAUGUAUAAUUUCAGCAUGUAUAGUAGUUAAUCCGACAGGGAAAAAAUAAGGCUUUCUUAUGAAUUAGGACUGCCAAAAAAGCAGUCACCUGAAGCUUCAGAAUGAGUGCUCCAGUAAUCCCACACAAGUCAUGUUAUGCCCGGCUUCAGGACAACCACAGCGAAAUAAAAAAUAAUAAUGAAACCAUAGUGAGUAUGGGAGAUACCAAUGCCAACCAAAUCGUGGCAAGAGUUAGAACCACUGAAGGGGAUGUUAAGAAAUGUGAUUUGACAGAUGAGAGUGGAAAUAUACACCCUGGAGGAUCAGAGAAAGUUAGUGAUCUGAAUACAGAGCAGAAUAAACUUCUGACCUUCAAAGACUCUCGGACCUGCCACACCAGUGUACAGGAAAGCAAGCUGCCCUCCACCACAAGCAGGGAAAUGGGAAAAGACUGUAGGACCAGUGAAGCUAAGGAAAUACCAAGGCAUAUCAGGAUUAGCCGAGGACAAAGUUUGUCCAAUUUAAAAAGCAGCACAAAUGAUGCCAACUUGGAGGUUAUUUCCAAAGCUGAUGUUGACAUCACCCAGAACUUUGCAAAGGGUAAAAUGCCCAGGACUGUGGAGGUGGAGAGAAUAAAAAGGCUUUCUUUGGGAAGACCAAGUAAAUUUUCUCCUCAAUCUGAAACAUGUGCAAAAGACUGUCUUGGCCGUGUGUCGUGUAAGCGUCUGCUUUCUGCAUCAUUGGACUCCAUUGACAGGUCACACCAUUUGAUAGGAAAUGCAGAGAAAUCACAAAAAACAUCCACGGAUCAUUUUCUUGGGAUGGUGUUUCAUCCACUUGACAAUACCUCAGAGGAAAAUACUAUGUUUUAUUCCAAACCAUCUACCUCAGGGAACAAGAAAAUAAGUAAACCAGAAAAUGUACCAAAUGUUAAUGUAGAAAGCACACUGCAUACUUGUCAUUCUCAACAUUUAGCUAGUAAAUCAGAAGCACAAUUAGGUCAGGGUGAUAAAAGUAAGAAACUGGAGCUUAAGACCGUACCAUCUCUACAAUCUAAAAAUACAUGUCAACAAAAGGUUGAGAGAAUUAUGUUGGCAGAGUUCCUGGGAUGUCAAAACAAUGAAAAUACAGCAGCACAGGAACAGAAAGGCUCUGGGUCUGAUGCAUCAAAAUUUCAAGCAUCCCAUUUUCAAGACAUCUGUAAUAAAGUAGAGGAUCCAUUGUCAUGCCAGGUGGUAAUGUGUCCUGAUGACAAAUUGCUGAGGGAUGAUGUCACCACCAGUGGGGAAGGGAGAGGAAGCAAUGACAGUGACAAUGGGGCAACUAGCCGGGUUGGUGAGGAAUAUUUUACUGACAAAGAAAUGGAGACAAUAUUCCCACUCACCUGCGACAGUAAAUCCAGUGGUAAAGUGACACCUAGAAAAAAUGAGAAUUUACGUGAAGCUGACACAGGUUGUGCUGAAGCAGUUGGUGAACAGGUGUCUGUUACACAUAACAUUAAUCUACCUGACAGCAAACCCCUGAAAGUUAAUGAAAAUACACUGAUGCUAGUCAAAGGAAGCACUGAGGGUGCUGCUGUGCUUGCUUGUGAUCUCUCAGAUCAGCACGGAACGCGCGGUGCAGAGACAGUGUCAAAUCAACAACCUGACAACCAUGACAGUGAUGCAGAAACCUCCAGCUUUUCAGUUCCAACUAAAAAGACAUCUAAUGCACAGAAACAUCCUCCAGACGAAGCAUCAGAGAACUAUAAGGUUUCGGGAAAGGUUGAUGCCUUUUUAUGCGUCCCAACUCCCGUGUGCCCGGGAGCAGCGCUGGAUGUUAAUAGUCAGCCCGCAUUAUCAAGCAGUAAUUUGAAGGACCUUUACACACUUCACAUUGACAAGCUGUCACCCACCUCAGUCCUACCUCCCAUUGAGAGUACACAGUUGUUAAACAUAUCCCCUAAAGUGCCUAUCAUCAAGACUGCUUGCAGCAACGCCAUCCCAAAACCUAUCCUGGUCCAGUCCAAGGGCUCCCUUGCAGAUAAGGCAGAUGUGGACAAUGACUGCAGUGAAAAGCAGGAAGAAAGCAUUGAGAUGAAACCUGCUAUACCCAGGCCCAAACCUGUCAGACCUAAAAUCAUCACAUAUAUUAGAAGAAACCCUCGUUCAAUAGAGCAGCUUGAUCCUUCGUUUGCACCAGCAGGGCUGCCCUUCGGGACCCCUGCAUGUGGCAUGCCCAUCUCUACGGAGCAAAAGGCGUCCAAUGGAGGGGAGGCGAAGCCCCCCAGUAUCCUGUAUGACAAAUUCAAACCCGAGUUACAGAAGCCAAGACUCUUCAGUUCUGGACUGGUGGUGUCAGGAAUUAGGCCCCCGGGCCAUCACUUUAGUUCGAUAAGCGAGAAGUUUCUGCAGGAGGUUGGGGAAAGGCCUGCGAAAGAUGAAUUUUGCCCUCCACCAUAUACUCACUACGAGGUCCCACCAAAUUUUUAUCGAUCUGCCAUGAUACUCAAGCCACAGUUAGGACUGGGUGCAGUGUCCAGGUUACCGUCUGCAAAGAGCAGGAUUCUCAUUGCAAGUCAAAGAUCCUCAGGUAGCUGUCUCCAUCAGCAAGGAGAAAUAGCAAGUGCUCCCAGCCUCUAUCAUCCUGAUGCUUCAGUUGAUCUUAAGAAAGGCUCAUGUCCAAGCACUGCAAAGUCAAAUCUCCCCAAGCCCUGCCAGUCUGGACUUCGUCCUCCAGGUUAUUCGCGGUUGCCAGCAGCUAAACUGGCUGCAUUUGGUUUUGUCAGGAGCUCAAGCGUAUCCUCUGUCUCCAGCAACCAGUCAAACGACAGCGCUCAGAGUGAUCAAAGCAGGACAACCAACCGUUCCAGCUUUGGAAAUGAAGAGCAAACCACUCCUAAGACAUCUGCAUCUUCUAAAGAUGUCCCCAAGGGGAGCAGCAAGAGCACGAUGCAGGGGUCAAGCAGCAUAGCAAUUCCACGUAGGAGUUUACUUCCAGCACCAAAAACUGCCACAGCACCUGCUGGUCUGAAGAAAGAAGUACAAAAGGAUCAGGAUGCUAACAGACCAGCUGUCUCAUCUCCUAAGAGAUCAGCAGUGACAGCCACCAAGCUCCAUUCACCAGGACAUCCUAAGCAAAGGCCAGCCACCCCAAAGAAUGGAUUCUCCCCCAAGCCAGGAGAGAGUCGAGAUGCUGAAAAGCAGCUUGUUCAGAGGUUGAAGGAAAAGUGUGAUGAGCAGUCCCGGCAAUUAAGCAGUAUUCGAGAGGAGCUUAAAAGGGCCAGCUGUGGCUUUGAUGUCUUUGCUAUAACAACACAGCACUUUUUCAAACAGAAUGAAAAAUCCCUUGUGAAAAUACAGGAGUUAGGAGUCGAGCUUGCAAAGAUCAGGGAUGAAACUGCACUCAACGCAGCAAAAUGGAAGCAACUCCAGAGUGAGAAGGAGGAGCUGGAGAGGUGCUUUGAGAAGGAGGUGAAGGAGCUUCACAAGAAGCAGCAGGAGGAUCUGCAGAUGGUGGAGCAGUGGCUGCAGGAGGAGUACAACACCAAAAAGGAGAGCCUGCAGGAGCAGCACAGGUUGCAGCUGGAGCAAGUCAAAUCGCAGCAUCAGGAUCAGGUGGAAGAUAUCAAAGCUGUACACGAAGCUGCAGUGUUACAGUUAGAAAAUAACCACAUAGUCACCAUUACAGAACUGCAGGAUGAGAAUGACUGCAAGAUUAAAGACCUGAAUGCUGCUCACAAACUGGAAAAGGCGCAAUUAGAAGAGAAUUUUGAAAAACUGCGGCUGUCACUCCAGGACCAGAUAGACACCCUCACCUUCCAGAACCAAUCUCUUAAGGCCAAAGCAGAUCGAUUUGAAGAGGCUCUGAAGAAAACCACUGAAGAACAACUAAAGAUGGUACAAGCUCCCUAUCUGCACUUAGAAAAAGAUCUGAAGAGUUUAAAACAUAUUCUGGAAAUGAAGAACUAUCAGAUUCACCAACAGGAGAUUAAGAUUAUUGAGCUAGAGAAACAGGCUGAAAAGAAUUUAAAACUGGAAGAAAAAAUCACCAUGCUGCAACAGCAGAACGAGGAACUGAGAGCCAGGAUUGAGCAAAAUACUAUCAUAACAAGACAAUUGUCAGAGGAGAACGCUAAUCUUCAAGAAUAUGUUGAGAAAGAAGUGGAGGAGAAGAAAAGACUCAGCAGGACUAACGAAGAGCUCCUCUGGAAGCUGCAGGAGGGAGAUGCCACAAGCCCCAAGAAACUUGCACCCACAUUGCCCACUUCUCUUUAUCAGUGCCCAUCAGGGGAUACCUCUCCAGCAAAAGUCAGAACCUUGCGGCGAUGAUUCAGCGCCUGCGUGCAGAAGGUCCCCUGCCUUUUAUGUAUUUCCAAUCUGCUAAAUGUUACCAUCCAAGGAAGUAUUACCAUCAACAGGCACCCAGGGUUUGUGGCUGCAAGCAUGCUCAGUGGCUACACAGCUUUAUACUAGGCAGGGUGCUCUUAUAGUCCCCAAAUAGGAGCUCUUGGUUCUGACAUGUUGAUUAGGGUAGCAAAAAACAUAGGAAAAAGCCAGGAUGGCAAAAGGUUAGGAUAGCAAACCGUUUAGUUCGAUGUGUUAUAACUAUGGUUAGAGCCAGAAGCUGGAAAAUACUAUAUUAACAGUUCAUCAGAAUGAACUUUUGCUGCAGUAUUUCAGGUUUGUUACAAAUACAGUUCUAUAGUUACAAAUACAGUUCUAGUUGUGACUAUUUCUGUAUAUGUGUCUGUGUUUAUAUACAUGUAUGUAUUGUACCUUUAUACCUAUAUAUAGACGCACACACGUAUAUAUGUAGUUGAAAAUGUUCUGAAUUGCAUUUUUUUAUAUUAUUGGAUACUACUAGUGCUGAUAUAUUUUCAUUACAGUCAGCAUUUUUCUAACUUGUGCCUAAGACUUGUAUCGAAACAAAAUGCAUUUCUGUUUAGCGUCCCAGGAAUAUUUAUACCCAACCUAAAAGAAAGGUACACAGAAGUAGAAGCGCCUUCCAAAUUACCACCAAGUGGUACUCUAUGUAACGUGAACACCAGCGACUUUGAAAUUCUGAGACAGUACUGCCUUUGAAACCAUCACCUUUGCAUUGAACAUCAGACAAGAUACGCAUACCAUUCACUGUUUUGGACUCUUAGCAUCGAUAUUGUAAGUGGAGAUAGGCUAGAGAUGAGAAUCAUAGAAUCAUAGACUCAUAGAACUAUAGAAUCAUAGAAUAGUUUGGGUUGGAAGGGACCUUAAAGAUCAUCUAGUUCCAACCCCCUUGCCAUGGGCAGGGACAUCCCACUAAAUCAGGCUGCCCAAGGCCCCAUCCAACCUGGCCUUGAACACCUCCAGGGAUGGGGAAGCCACAACUUCCCUGAGGACUUUAGCAAAUUUGUUAGAGGUUACUGGUCAACGUGUUUAGUGUCUUUAAAUCCUAGUUAGAUCUUAUCUUAGUUUACCUUACCUUUUUCUGGUUUGAAUGCAAUCAAAUCUCUGGCUGUAGGUUCCUGUCCAUUCUGAUUUAUUUCAAGUCCCAUGAGCAAGAAGCAGAAAAUAAUUUGUUUAUCCUUGUUCUUUGCUGGCCAAGAGAUUUUCAGUAAUAGUAUGAGAUGCCAGGCAUCUGUUAGUGGCCAAGCCUCCUCCCAUCUGAAACACCAAACAGACCACAUGGGCACCGACUACAUGGCUGCAAAUGAGGUCAGAAUUUCUUUCCUUCCACAUAUCUAUGUAUUACUUCUCAUUGCUAAAGCUUACCCAAAGUUACAGAGCACUUUUAAGAUUCAUGGAAAACAGUGGAUAAACUACCUUUAACUUCCUUACCUAGAAGCAAAAAAUUCACCCAGGCUUGGGUGACCCCCACCCGAGGAGGUGGUGAGAUGGAGGAGUGGCUGGGGUGGGACAGGCUGCAGAGCUCUCAUGGGCUCUGCUAGCAAGAAAAAUGCAUCCCUGAGUGCAAUUUAGAAGAAUAAAGACAACUGUGGGAUGCUUUUUUACCCAGCGUGGGGCAAAGAGCCUGUGUGCAUCCCUGCCCUGAGCACCAGGGUCAAAGUAAGAGGAAAAUGGUACAUGCAGUAACCCCUGGGGUGCAGGAGCACUGCAGGGAGGGUGGCUCUCCUACCUGGGUGUGAGGUGGCACCGGCACACCUUGCGUGAGCAAAGGUGGGAUUGCACAGCUCUGCUGUACUGCUCGGAUAGGAACUGUGCUUCAGCUUUCCUGGGAAGUACUCAGGAUUCACAGUCUGCGGCUUAGAUACAGCCUCAAUCACCGUCAAAGCGCCUGUGGCCUGCUUCACAGCGUUAAAACAAAAGGUGAUUUUUUUUCUCCUUUUAGGGAAAUGUAUUUUUGUAGCAGCUUUUGCAUGAUACUGUGAUUCUGACUAAAUUAAGCAUCUUGUUAGAAUAGAUCAUACCACACUAACUACCACUGUUGAAAUGCAGUACUAGAUUUUAGUGUGUCCAGCGAGUACAACCUGAAAGUAGGAUAGGUACCUAACACAUAUGUGCACACAAAGCCCCUCCUUGCCAGGUACAAUUUUAAUCACUUUCAUUACUGCUAAGUGCACAGCUAUCUGCAAUACCUAAUGCAUUGUCAUGUUUUAGUCUGCCCAUAUAAUUCUGAUACAGUGAGAUCGCAGGAUUACAGAAUUGUUUGGGUUGGGGAAUCUUCAAAGAUCAUCCAGUUCCAACCCACCCUUCUCCCCCACCAUAGACAGAGACACUUUCCACUAAGCUUUUGGUUGCCCAAAGCUCCAUCCAACCUGACCUUGAACAGUUGAGGGAUGGAACAUCCAUAACUUCUCUGGGCAACCUAUUCCCGUGCCUCACCACCCUUACUGUAAAAUGUUUCUUCCUUAUGUCCAAUUUAAAUCUACUAUCUUUCAGUUUAAAACCAUUAACCCUUGUUCUGUCACCACAAGACCCAGUAAAAAGUUUCUCUUCAUCUUUCUUAUAGGUCCUCUUUAUAUAUUGAAAGGCUGCGAUAAUGUCAACCUGAAACCUCCUCUUCUCCAGGCUGAACAACCCCAACUCUCAGCCUUUCUUCAUAUGAGAGGUCUUACAGCCCUCUGAUCAUCAUUGUGGCCCUCCUCUGGACCUGCUCCAACAGGUCCAUGUCUUUCCUCUGCUGAGGACUCCACAGCUGGACUCAGUAUUCCAGAUGAGGUCUCACAAGAGCAGAAUAGAGGGGCAGAAUCACCUCCCUCAACCUGCUGGCCAUGCUUCUUUUGAUGCAGCCCAGGAUAUGGUUGGCUUUCUGGGCCAUACAUUGCUGGCUAUGUCCAGCUUUUCAUCCACCAGUACCCUCAAAUCCUUCUCAGCCAGGUUGCUCUCAGCCCCUUCAUUCCCAUAUAUGUGGUUGGGAUUGCCCCAAGCCUGGUGCAGGACCUUGCACCUGGCCUUGUUGAACCUCAUGAGGUUUGCACAGCCCACCUCUCUAGCCUUUCGAGGUUCCUCUGGAUGGCAUCCCUCAGCUGUGUCAACAUCACUCAGCUUGGUGCCAUCUGCAAACUUGCUGAGGGUGCAUUCAAUCCAGCUGUCUGUGUCAUUGAGGAAGAUACUAAACAGUACUGAUCCCAGUACAGACUCCAGAGUGUGACACCACUCAUCACCAAUCUCCAUUUGGACAUUGAGCCCUUGCCUGCAACUCUUUAUAUACAGCCAUGCAGUUAUUUCCUUAUUUAUUGAAUAGCCCAUCCAUCAAACCCAUAUCUCUCCGAUUUAGAGAGAGGAACAUUGUGUGGGACUGUAUCAAAGGCCUUUCAGAAGUCCAGGUAGGUGACAUCUGUUGCUCAUCCCUUAUCCACCAACACCUUCUCUUUGUUAUAGGCCACCAGGUCAGUCAGGCUGAGUAGUCAGGCAGUCAGUCAGCAGUUUCUAGGUUCCUCCUUUUUAUCCUUAGUAAAAAUGGGUGAGAGGAUACAGCCAGAGUUGUUGCCAUGAUGCUGAUCUAAACUUUUCCAUGCUAAACACUAGAGCAUAUUACUGGCGCAGGGUGAGAUGGCUGUGCCUGUCCUCUUCUAGCAUAUUCAUUCUUUUCCUCUAUUUCUGGUGCUUUCCUUAUCUCUUUGCUGAUUUAUGUUCAUAUGCAAGAAAUGCUUCCAGCAGUGAAUUGGGAGUGGGGCUUUUAUGGUGGGAAAACUGGGACCGAUCCCAGUGCCACCAUCAUUUGGUAUCAUUGCCAAUCCCUUUCUCAUCUAACUUUUACCUCCCAGUCCUGCCUCUCACUGGAUUCUUCCUUGGCCUCUGAGGCCUGCCCGAUCACUAGCAAAGCUGCAGGAAGUUUUGCCUGACCAGAAGGGACCCAGAAACCCAUCCCUGCAGGAGUGUGAAGGGUGGUUCCUUCUGGUGCAAGCCCAGAAAUGUGGAUUUCUGUCCCCCAAAAAGAGCAUUCCUUUUUCCUGCUCUUCCUCUGCCCUGCCCCUCCCUGCCUCUGCAUGCCAGAGUAGGUGUGAAGGGGAGAUGGAAACCCCUUGAGUGCAUGGCCAAGCCAAUGACCCCGGCUCUUGCCAGGGACCUCUGUCCAUGCAAGGUAAGCUUAGCAUUCCCAGAGAUGGCAAGGAUCACAUCUCUAAUCCCUGCUCCUUGGCCAUCCCAGCUCGAAGAUGAGCAAGAGAAAACUUUUGCUUUUGGGGUACUGGAGAUGCCCUGAAUGCCAUGGUCAGUUGCCAUGAUGGUUUUACUGUUCUGCAGGGUAGGGUGGCCGCCUGCAGGAGAGGGAACGCAGCCAGUGCUGAGCUGGGUUUUACUGCCCCUACGUCUUUGAAACAGAUAUGUUUGAGUUGGUUAAUCUUUAUUCAAUGCAGAAGGCUGCAGCAGCAAUAAAAGCAGCCUGCAGUGGCUCUGAAGGGGUUUCAGAGACCAGCAGCAGGAGCGGAUAAGAGCCAUGGGAUGGCAGGAGAGCCAGCAGGGAGUGAGGGGGCACGGAGAGCUGGGAAAGCUGCAGGAAAGUGCCAGUAUUCUGUAAGAAAGCACCAUUCAGCCUUGUAGAGACACCUCGUGCAGCUGCUGGUACAGAGGUCUGGUUAUCUCAGCAGAUACACACUGGCAAAGACCUGCGGUGGUGGUGCAUGUGGGGGAGGAAAGGAAGAACUAUCAAGUGCAAAAUCAGGUAUUUUAUGUCUCUGCACUGAUGGUGGUUGUGUCCCAUGGACACGCUGAGGAGCCUCUGUAGAGUUUCCCACGCAGCAGGAGUUCUGUGGUCCCGUUUACUAUGUGGCUAAUGAUUACAGGAAAAGUUUGUAUUAUUUCAGUUAUGAUGUACAGAUAAGUGUAAUAUAUUCCUGAUAAUAAACACAUGCGCCAGUGCACAUAUGGGCCGACGCAUACAAA